ACCUACGCUUGCAAAGAUGAUGAUCUUUGAUCGAUAGCAAAAACUUCGCUGAAAAAAUGUAUCUUCCGUCGAGCGCGUUUGCUUUUGAACGACAUAAGAAAACAACCAGCAGCAAGAAGAUUGCUAAAGAUAGUGGAGAUGAAAGCAGUGGAGUGGAUGAUGACUUGUUAUGGGAUGACAUGACAGUCAAUGGUACAGACAGUCCAAUCAGUGGUUCAUUUGUUCCUCCUGCGGGUGCACCAUUCUCUGCUCUUACACCAAGUAUAUGGCCCCAAGAUAUUUUAGCUCGGAUCCAGCAGACUGAAGAUGCCGGUGUCAGUCCUGGAGGAGAGUACGAUGAAUUUGGAUUUUCUGUUGAGUCAACGGAAGCAGAAAGCUCAGAGUCCGUCCAUUAUGUAACAGAUGAAGAGCCAGGUCAGAGACUCAAAUGGCAAGCACAUCUCGAGUUUACCCAAAACCAAGAACUUGGUGAACUUACUUGGGACAAGGUCUCUUCAACAUUAUCGAGAACUGAUAAAUUGAGAGAGCUAAUUCAUGCGGGAAUUCCUCAUAGCAUGAGAGCACCAAUAUGGAUGAGAACAUCAGGUGCAAUGCAUAAGAAAGAGUCGAUGGAUUUUUCGUACAAGCAAAUUGUAAAAGCCAGCGGAAGUGAUAAUACGACCGCUAUGGCAAAACAAAUUGAGAAGGAUCUGUUGCGUACGUUGCCCAGCAACGCCUGCUUUUCAACACCAACUAGCACCGGAACAAGGAGACUGAGGAGGAUAUUAAAGGGGCUCUCCUGGCUUUACCCUGAUGUUGGUUACUGUCAAGGAAUGGGCGUGAUUGUAGCAACACUGCUUUUGUUUAUCGAAGAGGAGGAUACGUUUUGGUUGAUGUGUACCAUUAUUGAGGAUCUCGUACCACCAUCCUACUAUUCCAACACUUUAAUUGGUGUUCAGGCUGAUCAAAGAGUGCUGAGACAACUUAUUGUCAGCUAUUUACCAAAACUAGACGAAUCUCUGAAGCAACAUGACAUAGAGAUAUCACUGAUCACACUUCACUGGUUUUUGACUUUGUUUGCAAGUGUUGUUGAGAUGAAGGUGCUGUUAAGAAUUUGGGAUCAGUUUUUCUACGAGGGCUCUGUGGUUCUGUUUCGUAUCACACUGGGCAUGAUCAAAAUGAAGGAAGAUUAUAUCAUUUCACAAGACAACUCAGCGCAGAUAUUCAACGCGUUAUCAGACAUCCCGGGAGAGAUAACUGAUGCAAAUGAGCUAUUUGAGAUGGCCUCGAAGGCUUCAGGAUCGCUGACUGACGUUAUCUUAGAGGCACAUCGAAAGAAACAUUUGGCCUUCUUAAUGGCGGAUCUUGGCUCCCUGACAGGAAUUGAUGGACCUCGUUCAGGCGACAAACAAAAAAUCCAUCGUCGUCCCAUUGUAAGAUCCGAGAGCUCUACGUGGAUUGGAUAUCUCCUGGGUAAACAUGAACUAGCGUUGGCCAAAGCAAAGAAUAUCCGCCAAACUGAGCUUGUUGCAGAUUUAAGGGAAGCUAUUUUGCAAAUAGCCCGGCAUUUUGAUGCUUUCGAUGUGAAAAAGGGUCUGCAGGUCGAUUAUUCCGUUGAGAGUCACGGUCAUGAUUAUGAGAAUUUCGUCAACGUUGCCAAAAAUCGACGUCGAAGGGCGAAGGCUUUGCUGGAUUUUGAACGUCAUGACGAUGACGAGCUUGGUUUCAGAAAGAAUGACAUCAUCACGAUUAUCUCGCAGAAAGACGAGCAUUGUUGGGUCGGUGAAUUGAACGGUUUACGAGGAUGGUUUCCCGCCAAGUUUGUAGAAAUACUGGACGAGCGAAGCAAAGAGUAUUCCAGUGCUGGGGAUGAUUCUGUCUCGGAGACGGUGACAGACCUAGUGCGAGGUAGCCUCUGUCCUGCUCUGAAGAAUAUCUUUGAACAUGGUAUGAAGAAACAAUCCUUCCUUGGCGGCUCCUAUCAUCCGUGGCAUUUUAUAGAAGAGGCUAGCGCUCAUCAGGUCGAGAAAGAUUUUCAGUCAGUCUAUUCAAGACUCGUCCUUUGCAAAACAUUCAGACUCGAUGAAGAUGGCAAAGUUCUCUCGCCUGAGGAAAUAUUAUACAGAGCAGUACAAUCCAUAAACAUGACCCACGAUAGCGCGAAAACACAAAUGGACGUAAAGCUGCGCUCACUGAUAUGUUACGGUCUAAACGAGCAAUGUCUUCAUCUCUGGUUCGAAUCAUUGUGUGCCUCAGAAGACAUCGUUAAUAGAUGGUUCUAUCCGUGGUCAUUCGUCCGCAGUCCAGGAUGGGUUCAGAUUAAAUGUGAACUGAGAGUGUUGGCCUCGUUCGCUUUCAGCUUAAAUAUUGACUGGGAAAUCCUGGAUAAAAAAGGCGACGCAAGUGUGAGCAAGCCAUUGAAAGACAGCGUUCAAGAUAUGCUGGUGAAACACCAUUUAUUCAGCUGGGAUUUAUAGUCCAGUUACGAUUUGCAGUCCAGUCGUAUCCUUACAACAGAAAUUUUCACGCAUUCACAAAAUCAUCCCCAAAUAAACAGUCUGCUGUUAAAUAGAGUUAGGAAAUAGUAUUUAAAUUGUAUAGGCUGGUCAAUGGCUAGUUUCUCUGAAAACGUAUCAUGCAGGAAUAUUUAUGCUGGACCGUAAUACUCAGGAAAAAAAACACGUCUUUGAUGUAAUUAUUUGUGUGAAUUUAGACCGAACAAGUCAGAAUUGAAUGAAUUUAAUUAUACUGAUAAAUUUAAUGGACGGCAAUAUCGUCAAGUUUUGAGAAUAAAAUGUAUAUUUGCUAGUAUUAUUUGCUGAAAUAUUUACGAUAGUAAU